UCUUUAGGACAAAAUUAUAAUUUUCAGAUUUCAUUGCUGCUGUAUAUAUGUAUAUGCAUAUGUAACAUCCAUUAGUACCGGCAAUAUCAUUUUGCUAUUAAUCCCGAUGAGAUUAACAAAGUAAAUUGAUACUUUUACAUUGAAUUAAGAUCUAUCGACACAUCAUCGCCUCUUAUUAAAAGUACUCUAGAAUCGAAAGAAAUGACAAUAAACGAUGCAAUUUUCAUUUCGCCAGCCAUAUUGUUUCAAAACGAACACAUGUAGAUGAAGUAUUUAUACUUUGUAUAAUUUCAAAUCAUGAGAGAGAUGUUAGCAAAUCAAACUAGUUCAGGAUACGGUAAUUCUUUCGUUAACAAUAAUGGAGAUACCAACAGCAACAGUACAAACGACAACAACGCGAGAAGAUACGCUAUAAUUAGUACGGACUGGAUAUCUGCAAUUGGAGAAGAACUGGGAAUGCAUCCUUUACCAGACUCUUUGUUAAAAAGACUUGCUGAGGAUGCCUCAUAUCGACUCAGAGAAGUUCUACAUAAAUGCGUGACAAGAUUAAAACACAGCAAACGGAAACGUUUGACAUCUACAGAUGUAAAUGCUGUGAUUACUAAUUUAUGUGAUAUUGAUCCAAUAUUAGGUGCACCAGAAUCUAUGCCUGAAUAUCACACAGAAGCAAAGGUCUUCGUUCCUAAUGAACGUAUUGUUAAUCUAGUACAAAAAAUUAAUGAGCCAGUUAAUAUAUUACAGAGUAGCGUACCAUUUAUUCAAGAAUCAGAAAUAUGUGAUAUAAGGCUUACAGAAGCAAGAAAUAAUUAUGCAAAACGUGCAUUAAAAACAUUAUUCAACGGGUCACAAAAAACAUUUCAGGUUUUAAUUAAUGAUUGUGCUACUAAUCCUCAUUUAAGUGGAGAGGGAGCAAUAGAUAAAUUAAUGUCUAUUGCUAGAUCUAUGAUAAUUUCGAAUAAUAUACAAUAUACAAGAGUAUCAACUCGAACAUGUCAACUUAUUAUUGCAAUCGCAAGCAACAGUGAGGCUGUUUAUCCAUACCAUUUAACUUCGGUUGAUAAACUCACUGAAUUACUAUUGGAAUUACUUUUAGGACAGAAUUUCAUAAAUCCAAAUCUUGAAGCACUCUUUAAGGAAUGUGCACUAAAAUUAAUGCUUCGUUGGCCAUCUGUUGCUGAUAGAUAUAUCUCCACAUUGGAGAACGUGCUCUUAAAGGAAGAAAAAAUAAAUAUAAAUGGUAAUAAGAAAAGCAUAAUGGCUAUGGAGUUACUAGCUAGUAUUCAACCUUUAAUACUUUUCCAACAGAAGAUAGAUUCUCCACUUUCUGUACAUAAUAUUUUAAAAUUUGCACUACCUGGUUCCGUCUUAUGGCAAAAAAUAGCUCUUAGUAUUUGUGCUCUUAUAAGGUCACAAGCUUAUAUCUUAGAUAUUGAACCUUUUAUAGAACAUUAUGGAGAUUCUUUAUUACCAUAUUUACCAUUUAAUUAUAAGAGCACGGUAAAUGUGCACAAAAAACCUAUUUCUCUUCCUAUUACUAUCAAAAGUAAGAUAAAAUACGUUGAAGUUAAGUCUGUAAGAAAACAAACAGCAUUCACCGAUUCUACACUACGAGGUCCACGGCGAGAAAUAAGAUUUGCGUUCGCUGGUGGACGGCCGGUACCUCCUAGUAAUUUAAGACGAAUUACUUUGAGAGCGAAUUAUCAAAUAUUAAGAAGCGAAGUAAAAGCUAAGUUUGCUUCAGUGGCAUCACGAAGGCUAUUAGUACUUAGAGAUAAAAGAAGACCUUAUGAUACUUAUAAUCUGGUAUAUAGUUAUUUAUAAUAAUUAACUAAUUAAUAUUAAUUUAUAAUUAAUUAUUAAGACUUAAUAAUUUUAUGGAUGAUUUUUGACAUAGACAAAAAUUAUUUUUUAAAAGGAUUUCAUUUGGUUUUCGAAAUACAUAUAAACAUUGUAUCAUUUUCUCGUUAAAGCGAAAAAAGAUUUUGUAUUUGUAUAUAAAAUGUAAGAUUUGUUAUUUAUAACUUUACUUAUAGUAGUAUUUUUAUAACAGUGUCUUCAGUAUAUUGUUAAAAGCUAUAAUAGGAUAUAUUUAUUAAAGUAACAAUAAGAAAGACUGAAGCAAUGACUUAUCUCAGGAAAACUGAUUGUAUUGUAUUAAAGACAGUCUUGUAAUCCUUGCGGUAAUACACUACGUGGCAAUACAUACGACUUUGUCAUACAUGUAGUCCGAGUAUGCAUUCUUAUCGGUAUCUGAAAUAAAUAUUUCAUUUACACAUUA